UUCAAACAGUUGAUUUAUUUUCCUGCAGGAGUGCGAGCGAGAGAGACCAGGACACGGAUAUUAGGCACAGGGAAUCCGCAACACUUCCACAGAGUGAUUAUAGAAAUCUGCGCCUUUUUCCCCAUCGCGCGCCUCCGCGGACUUGCGCGUAAAGACAAUCAAUGAAGGAGAGAAGAUCGGUUCAGAAACUAUUGCAGUCCGGUAUGGAUCCGAGUCAGAGCGUCAAAUGUAAGAUCGUGGUCGUGGGGGACAGUCAAUGUGGGAAAACCGCUCUGCUCCACGUUUUCGCCAAGGACUGUUUCCCGGAGAAUUAUGUGCCCACAGUGUUCGAGAAUUACACCGCAAGUUUUGAGAUUGACAAGCAGAAAAUAGAGCUCAGCCUGUGGGACACUUCAGGUUCCCCGUAUUACGACAAUGUCAGACCUCUCUCGUACCCAGACUCUGAUGCCGUCAUCAUAUGCUUUGACAUCAGCCGACCAGAAACCCUGGAUAGCGUCUUAAAGAAGUGGAAAGGAGAGAUCCAGGAGUUUUGUUCCAACACAAAGAUGCUGCUCGUCGGAUGCAAGUCGGACCUCCGAACGGACCUCACGACUUUAGUGGAACUGUCUAAUCACAGACAGACGCCUGUAUCAUAUGACCAGGGUUCAGCUAUGGCUAAGCAGAUAUCGGCACCUUAUAUAGAAUGUUCUGCAGUACAGUCGGAGAAUAGCGUGCGGGACAUUUUCCAUGUCGCAACGUUGGCUUGUGUAAAUCCGAACAACAAAAACCUCAAGCGCAACAAAUCCGCUCUCUCCACCAAACGCAUUUCGCAUAUGCCCAGUCGGCCUGACCUGGCUGCCGUGGCAACAGACCUACGCAAAGACAAAGCAAAGAGCUGCACGGUCAUGUAAUGCGAACUUGCAUGGGGGAAAAGAUGCAUUCUGGGAAUAGGCAAGGGUGGACUGUGAAAAGAAGAAAGGUCUGGAAUUGCCUCCAAAUGCAAAGCAAAUGUUUGAGGAUUCCUGAUGUCAACCCAUAGUACUGCCCCAACCAUCCCUUCUAAACUUAGCUACUCAGCAAGAGGAUGUCUCCACCCUCUCGACCAAUGGGAGGCCUUCCUUCCGACUCCUGGAAGUGCUUUCUCUCUGCAAGGUUGCAUCAGGAAGCUGAGCUGCCUGCAGGAAAUGAAGGAGGAAGUUGAAUCACAUAACCAUUGAGUCCAGAGUUCCGCUGAGCUUUGGUUCACUGCUAUUUUUAAAACUGUUUAAGAGAAAAGAUGUUUUGAUCGUCGUACAGACCAGAUUGACUGAACUGUGAAGGGGAAGACUGCUUCUGAAAUGUGGAUAAAGGAAACUCUUCCGUUGGAAAUGGAAGAGAGUAUCACUGUGGUUGCGGAUCACUUCCUUCUUCGAUCCUCAGUUUUGGUCUGUUGUUGCUUCUGUAGAGCGAGAGCACAAGUUUGUGUGUGCAUGGGUUUUCAUUUUCUUAUGCUAAGCUCAGCUAAAGCUGUCACCAUGGAUACACCAGCUGGUAUAUUUGAACUCGCACUGUUUUCUGCAGAACUCCUCAUAAUCACAUUACACUUCAUUAGAAUUCAGAAACUGAAAAACCAAAGAGCUGGAAGAUUUACAAGUCCAAUGACUCAACACUCAAUGUUCUGGAGGGCGUGAUGGAUGUGAAUUAGAGGGCUUGUGGUAGAUCAGAGAAAAUAUUUUCCCGGUUCCGCUUGUCUGUGCAGAUUGGGUAAAUGCAAGUACAAAUACGACCUUUGAGAUUUGAAUGGAUCGAUUUAUUGAUGGUGUCUGGCAUUUGUUUAUUCCUUAAAGGAGCGUUCUUACUGACUCUGAAAAGAUGCAGGGAGUGGGGUGGUCAAAUUAUGCAAUUUAUCAACCUGAAUAUUAAUUACGUGACAUGAUGUUCCCCCAUUAGUCCCUGUGACGGAUUUGCUUAAAAGCAGAAUUUGUUAAAUAGAUGUUACGAUUGCCAAUUAUCAUUUUUGCAUUGUCACCGCAACAGUUUGCGUUUGGCCGUAAAGUUGUAGUAGCCAACUACAAUUUUAUGCUUUGUACUCUUAAAAUUAAACUCUGUAAAUAUAAUGUUUUUUCCGAAGUCGGGAGAACGAAUUAGAAUUAUUGAUUUUCAGUCAGCGACGGAGUUCAAUUCAGCGGCGUUAAUGCGAAUGCGCAGUUAUGCGCAAUCCAAGAAGGAACGCCUACAACAGUGACCUCCAGUGGUUUAAUCUCUGUCAGUGUGAACGCCCCAUAGGAAUAAACGACACUAUUGCAGUAACGAAUGAUUGUUGAACACUAUCAUCAUGGCACAAAAGUAGCUUUUCAUCGUGAACUGUAGUUAUCAUAAAGCGUAAUGUGAAAAUUUGUGCCUUUUCCGACAUCUGUGAAGUUCUUUUAAGCACAAUUGUUAAAAUAAUGAUUAAAUAAUCAAAUAUCAAACUGAAGAUCAGAUUAGAUUUGUGCUUUUCUCUGCCCAGUCCAACAAAAAAGAAAUUGACUUCUGAGGAAGUGUACGACAAAAUUGUUUUUUCCCCCCUCUCUCGCUCUCUCUCCUAUUCCCUAUCUGCUCCCAAACAAACACAUACAAAUGUGUUACUCAAAAUAUCAUCUUGCAGAGCCAUGAGAGAAGAUGCAUUCCAACUUUGUUUGUUGUAGCGAACUGCAAGAUUGUCUAAACAAAAUUUGCAUAAGUAUGAAGCUAGCUACAGUCAUUCGCUGCAUGAUUAUAGCUGCACUCUUAUUUCAAACUUUGAAAACAUAAACAAAAAGCUGUCUUUUUUACAUUUGCAUAAUUUUUUCCAAUGGUUCAGAUCAUUUUCUUGACUUUUUCAAAACACAGGCAGUAUUAAACAAAUGUUGUGUAUGUGAUGAUAAAAAAACGUUUCCUAAUGUAGGAUGUCUGUAAUUUUGUUUUAAUACUUUGUGUGUUGAGGUCCAUUUAUGUCUGUUUUUGUUGAUGUAGACAUACUAUUUAUUGAAUUAUAUAUUUUUCCCGUAAAAAUAAAUCCAAAAAUAAAUAAACUUUUUUUUUUUUUUAAUAUGAAAUGUGUUUUUAUUGCUGCCAUUAUGGGG